AGGGUGCGGUUCCGGGUCGUGGCGCGGCUCGGGGCAACGGGGCUGCUGCUCGGCCGGCCGGCGGCGGCGAGCGGUGGGGGCAUGAGGGCGAGCCGGGAAAACGGCAGUUGAGCCGGCGGGGAGGAGCGCCAGUGCCCGAGGAUUCCGAGAGUGCGGAGCUCGGGGCAGGGGCCGGGAGGCGCGGGGAAGCUGGGCCCUUCCCUCAGGAACGUGUCCCGGGGCCGAGCCGGCCCGUAGUGUGGCAGCAGCUUCAGGGAGGUGAGCACGUGAAACAAUAUGAAGAGGAGAAAAUAGCCUUUUAAGGAAAUUGGCCCACAGAAAGGAUGGCCUUCUUGGACAAUCCAACUAUCAUUCUAGCUCAUAUUCGACAGUCACAUGUGACCAGUGAUGACACAGGAAUGUGUGAGAUGGUUCUCAUUGAUCAUGAUGUUGACCUAGAGAAGAUUCAUCCUCCUUCAAUGCCUGGAGACAGUGGGUCAGAAAUUCAGGGAAGCAAUGGCGAGACUCAAGGCUAUGUAUAUGCCCAGUCAGUCGAUAUUACCUCAAGUUGGGACUUUGGUAUUAGAAGACGCUCAAAUACAGCUCAAAGAUUAGAACGACUCCGAAAAGAGAGACAAAACCAGAUCAAAUGCAAAAAUAUUCAGUGGAAAGAAAGAAAUUCUAAGCAAUCAGCUCAGGAGUUAAAGUCACUGUUUGAAAAAAAGUCCCUCAAAGAGAAACCUCCAAGUUCUGGAAGGCAGUCAAUAUUAUCUGUACGACUAGAGCAGUGCCCUCUGCAGCUGAAUAACCCAUUUAACGAGUAUUCCAAGUUUGAUGGCAAGGGUCAUGUAGGCACAACAGCAACCAAGAAGAUCGACGUCUACCUCCCCCUGCAUUCGAGCCAGGACAGACUGCUGCCAAUGACCGUGGUGACAAUGGCCAGCGCCAGGGUGCAGGACCUGAUCGGACUCAUCUGCUGGCAAUACACAAGUGAAGGACGGGAGCCGAAGCUCAAUGACAAUGUCAGUGCCUACUGCCUGCAUAUUGCUGAGGAUGAUGGGGAGGUUGACACAGACUUCCCCCCACUGGAUUCCAACGAGCCCAUUCAUAAGUUCGGCUUCAGUACCUUGGCCCUGGUUGAAAAGUAUUCAUCUCCUGGUCUGACAUCCAAAGAGUCACUCUUUGUUCGAAUAAAUGCUGCUCAUGGAUUCUCCCUUAUUCAGGUGGACAACACAAAGGUCACCAUGAAAGAAAUCUUGCUUAAGGCAGUGAAGCGAAGAAAAGGAUCCCAGAAAAUUUCAGGCCCUCAGUACCGCCUGGAGAAGCAGAGCGAGCCCAAUGUCGCCGUGGACCUGGAGAGCACUUUGGAGAGCCAGAGCGCAUGGGAGUUCUGCUUGGUCCGAGAGAACAGUUCAAGGGCAGACGGAGUUUUUGAGGAGGAUUCACAGAUUGACAUAGCUACAGUACAGGAUAUGCUUAGCAGCCACCAUUACAAGUCAUUCAAAGUCAGCAUGAUCCACAGACUACGAUUCACAACUGAUGUCCAGUUAGGUAUCUCUGGAGACAAAGUAGAGAUAGACCCUGUUACGAAUCAGAAAGCCAGCACUAAGUUUUGGAUUAAGCAGAAACCCAUCUCAAUCGAUUCUGACCUGCUCUGUGCCUGUGACCUUGCUGAAGAAAAAAGCCCCAAUCGAGGGAAGCUGGGAGAUUUCCUGUGGCAGCUGAAGACUAGAUUUAGAUAUCCAUCAAGCCGGAAGUGUCAACACCCUCCAGAUUAUUGGCAGCUGCAUGACCUACCAGCUCAUAAUUAAACUCCUGCCUGGUCCUGCAGAAGAGAUCGCUGCUGGGUUGGCACUCCUCUGCUUAAAUUAUCAAAGUAGAUACAGCCUGGUUGUAUAUUUUGGCAUAUUAUAUUUUUGCAGUUAAGUAAUUGAGUGUAGCAUUUAGAUUAAUCAUCUUUAAGACUUCAGUCCCAUCGAGAGGCAGAAAGGACACAGAUCACACUGAAAUCCCUUCAUGGAAGAAAAAAGUUUCAACUAUACAAGAAUUUGUUAGUUGCCUGGGGAAGGCUGCAAGACAGCGGUUGUCAGAGUCUGGUACAUAUUAGCAUUGCCUGUGGAGCCUAUUUAAAAUGCAGUUCUCCAGGGGCGCCUGGGUGGCUCAGUUGGUUAAGCGACUGCCUUCGGCUCAGGUCAUGAUCCUGGAAUCCCGGGAUCGAGUCCCACAUCAGGCUCCCUGCUCAACGGGGAGUCUGCUUCUCCCUCUGACCCUCCUCCCUCUCCUGCUCUCUGUCUCUCAUUCUCUCUCUCUCAAAUAAAUAAAUAAAAUCUUAUAAAUAAAUAAAUAAAUAAAUAAAUAAAUAAAUAAAUAAAUAAAUAAAUAAAAUGCACUUCUCCAGGGCCCAUCCCCAGUGGGUUCUUUCUUUUUUUUUUUUUUUAAGAUUUAUUUAUUUUAUUAGAGAGAGCGCAUGUGCACAAGUAGGGGGAGGGGCAGAGGGAGAGAAUCUUCAAGCAGACUCCCUGCUGAGUGGGGAGCCUGACACAGGGCUCUAUCUCACGACUCAUGAGAUCAUGAGAUCAUGACCUGAGCCGAAACCAAGAGUCAGACGCUUACCCGACUAAACCACCCAGACGCCCCUCCCCAGUGGGUUCUGAUUCAUUAACUUGGAGGAUGAUGUGAGCUUCUAAUUUUUGUUAAUCCCCUUUAUUCCCGUGCCCAAUGAAUUAGGGAACAAAUGUUAUAAGGAAUGACAUACUCAAAAGGAACAAUAAGAAAUAUAAAGGCCAGCAAGUGUUUAUAAUAUGGUUCAAGUUUUUGAGAUAAUACUGACUAAACAGGGACCUAAAGAGCACAGAGCCCCCUGAAGGGAUCCUAUGGACAGGGCACCUGCCACAUUGCCUCAUUUAUGGGUGGGUGUUUGUUUUGUCAAAUCCAGCUGUGCUAGGCUACAUAGUCUCCUCCUCUCAACCCAUUAGUCUCCAGCUUGGCAAGAAGGGAGAACUUAGUGGUACAGGGGGAAAGGAGGCAGUCCGUGCCCACCCCCUCCCCCCUUCCUGCCAUUCCUGUCAUCCCAGUCAGGAGAUUCCUCAAGAAUGCUGCCAGAAAGGGCUAGUGAGAAAAUUGCUUACUGUUGUGGGGCCCUUGCCUCUGCCUCUAGAUAAACAUCUUCUUCCUAAUUCCUCUCACUCCAGCUUAUCAGCCAAUAAAGAUGUCAUUGUUCUAGCAUCUUUCUUCCCAAGAAUUCAGGAUGCUUUGAAAAGUAACAUUUUGUAAAUUCUCCAUGUCUCUGAGAAAUGAAAGGCAAUCACUUACAUGUUGCAUAGAGGGAUAAGCUGGAAUAGAAAGGUUAGGGAAAGAACUAGAAACAGGAUUCAGAUUUCCUUUACACUCAUACAAAGACACUCACUUGCCAAGGAAGGCUGUGUGUGAUUCAGGCACUGAAAGGUGAGGGGUGUAACACACCCCAUCUAAGGGAAGGAAGAAAAGAUGCACAGCCACCACCUCCCAGUUGCCUCUUCCCAUCAGGCAGUCAGGAAGGAAGUAUUACGCAUCUCUGAGAGUGAUGCCAAGUUCCAAGCCUUGGGGAUACAGAGCAGAUGUGGGGCCCACCAUUUCAAUAUCGGCAAUCGAGCAAGAGAGUUUUUUCUCUUAUUUUCAGACCUACUGGGUGGUUCUGUGUAAAAACUGCACAUAUGGGUCUUAAAGAGGUUUCGUUCUCUCUCACUCUCACUCCAGAGAUCUAGAAUUUGUGACUUCCCUGAACAAAGAAGCACACUGCUCCAGUCAGACAUUUCCCAAGUCCCUGUGCCCCUAUCACAGUGCUUUCCAAAACCAUGUUCCUCAAAUCUCUAGGUUCUCGGGGGACCUCAGGGGCCUGGGGGUGGGGGAAGGGACAGGUUUGGGCAUAAGGCCUCCCCAGUAGAGCGCUACUUUUUUCUACUUGGGGAUUCUACAUUUUAAAAGUCAACCAAUUAAAAAGGAUUUUGCUGCUUUAAAAAAAAAAAAAAGUUUGCAAGUUACAGGCUCACAAAAUAGAAUCCAGACUCCUCAGCCUAGGAGUCUUUACAGACAUUGACCACUCCAGGCUCAUAACCCCUAAUUUCCCAUCCUGAAUUUGGGCUACAGUCACUGUGAACUGUUUGCACACAAACACACCUUGAAUUCUGUGCAGCUGCUGUUCCCACUGCCUGGAAUAUACCUCCCCGCAGACGCUCCCUCUAGCUGACAGGGGCCUCCAGUUCCUCAUGCUUGGCUCCCUCAUUUUUCAAGGUCCAGUUCCAGUGUCAGGCUCUCUCUGUACCUUUGUCCCCAGGAGUUUGCCCACAUCUCUGGUACAGCACCUCUCAAACUGUGCUGUAGUUACUGACUUGAAGUCUGCCCCUCUCUCCCACCCCCCCUCUCUAUCCUCAACUGACUGAUCCAGGAAGUGGUUUCUGUAUCCUCAUCCCUAGCGCUGUGCCUGCAGAAUUAUCCUCAGUGAAUGUUUGCUGUCUUCAAACUGAACUGAAUGAGGCCAGAAUUUAGAAACCAAAAAUUUUUCAGCAUAAUUUAUGUUGUAAAGUGCCCAAAGAUGUAUUAACUGAAUCGGCUUGAUGCUGUGUUAUUUUUUUUUUAUGAUUUCCAGUAUUUUCAUCAAAUUAAUUCAGUGAUUUAAUCUAAAAAGUUCAUCUUCAAGACCAUCAUCAGACCACAGAAUUAAUCUAUGGGGCUGCUGCUUCUUCUUCUUCUUCUUUUUUUAAAGGAUUAAUGGUAACCCUUUUUAUCUUUUGUGUCUGUUGAACCUUAGAAAAAAGUUAUUUUAACAGCACUAAAGAAAUGAAAGUCACUAUAUUUCAUAAGUUUAGCCUGUGAUUUUUAUCAGCAUAGUGAUGUAUGUUUGUAGCUGAGUUACAUCAAAAAUUAUUCUUGGGGCCUUCUUGAAUGAAUUAUGGCAAGGAGAGAGAGUCUAGAAGUAGAUAAGGUUUUUGAUUUCUGCAAUAUAUUUCCUUUUUCAUGUUUUUAUCUCUCGUAACACAAGUGUCUUGCCGAAGACUGGAACGUGUGACCAACUGGAAUAAUUUAGUUGUGAAAACAGCAGACGUGUUAUUAAACAGCCUUCUUCACAAAAAGGCAUUAAGUGUUGGAAGGAUAAUGAAGUUGUCCCGGUCUGUCUUGAGACAUGUUUGUCAGAAUUUUGAACAGAAAAGAAACGGUUUUUAAAACCUUCGAAUAUGGCCAGUUUGCAAUGUUUAUUGAAAAAGCCUCUGUCAAACCAUUAAUUUGGUCGUCAUAAGGAACACAGCUCAAGUUUAAUUGAUGCCAUAUCCAAAAAGUAUGUGAAUAGCAGACUUGGCAAAGGGACUGAGCAAUAGAACGCCUGCAGUGAGACACAUAAUUACACAUACCAUGGAUCAAAAAGACCCAGACUCUGCAGCCAGGCUCCAUAAAUAGCCGUUCUAUGGCUCUCUUUCCUUCCCCUAACUUCUCCCUCUUAGGCUGCGUUCUCAGAGGGAAGAUUUAUUGCUCUGUCCAUGUGAGUGUUUAAGGACCUGGAACUUAAUGACUAAAUAGAUACAUGCCUUAGAAGAAAUUUGUACAUAUAAAUAUGGACUCCUACCAGAGUUAGAGGAGAAAAAUCUGUGUAUCAAAAGCCCUGAGAAAUUAAGAAUAAAUUCUGCCUUUCUAGAUUGGGGGGGGGGAAAAAGGCUGCAUGCUGCCAUUAUUACUCAAAUCAGUGAUUUCGCAGUCUGGUUUUGCUACUCCUUACGAUAGCUUUUGCUAUUUUGAAGAAUGUCACAAACCUCUAAAAGAUGAAUUCAUUUUAAUUUAUUUUAAUUGAGCAAAUAUAUGUACAGCACAUAGGAGGGGAGAACGUUCCCAUAUCAGAAACUACCAUGGCAUCCUCCAUCCUUAUACAGGUCUAAACCUAGGCUUUGGAUGUAGCAGGCUCUCUUUUUAAAGUGCUAACCUCAAAUUCCAGCACUGAAACAAAAGCAGGGGACCUUCCUUUUAAACUAACACCCUUCAAAGACUCUCAGGCUGGAUUUAAAUAAAGUACCAGGCUCAACCAUGCCAGGUCUGGUUUUAUCAUAAGAAGAUUGUGCAGGUUUCAAGUCUUUAAAGGAAGCAGCCUAUCAUUAAGAAAUCAGAUUUAAACCUUAAUAAAGUAGCUGUCCUCUUUAUAGCUGAAAAGAGCUCUGUAUCUCAAUUAAGUAUAGAUAAUAGAAAAUCUUAAGGAAGCAACAUAAUAGAGGUAACCUGAUUAUGUGCUCUUGCAAUAGUAUAAUUUAAAGGAAAUCUGAUUCUGUUGAUGCUGGUGGGGGAUUGCUUGUUUGGUUGUUUUUGUUUUGUUUGUUUUGUUUUGUUUUUGUCCAGAACAGUGUUUGGAUACAGGAUAGGAACUCUUUGGGAUUAUGAGUUAACCACAACUGCAAGAGACUGUCAGGCCCUCGUGAAUAGAACCUGCUACAUAUUUGAGAUGAGAUUCAGUUAAGGUUAUGAGUUAAAUUAGCUGGGCUUAUUGGUGACCUCCCACUUAAAUGAAUCUUUCUUUUCAUAAGUACUUGACAAGAUCUGUAAAGUAGUGUAUUUAAUUUACUAAUUAAAUUAAAGCUACUGAAUAAUGAUUUGUCCACAUUGAUUUAGCUUAAAUAGAAAAGAUCAGCAUUGUUGUGAUCUUCAGCAACCUUAAUGGCCAAGCCAGUUAGACACAAAGGCCUCUUGUGUUUUAUAGGUCAGAAGUACAUAGGUAAGCCCAGGCUGUAAUUGAAUUGCCUAUACUGCACCCUGCAGUUGCAGGUUUCCUUUGCCUUCUCGUUCCAUUGUUGCACUGGGCUUAAGAGAAUGUUAACGCGGUAAUAGGCACUGGGCCUUCCCCAUUAUACGUCUUGCUAUCGAGCGGUUCUGCAUGACUAGUUAAAGAAGAUGGCAAGAAGAUUAAUGAAAGCAAGGCUAAUACAGAAGGGGGUACUUUUGCAAGACUUCUACAGAGGAGAUAUUAGAGCUGAACCAGAGCUUGGCUUUUUCUUUAUCCUGUGACCUUUGAACCUGCCUUACUGUUGAGAGCUGCCAGGGAAGUCGACAUUUUGAUUGAUGUCGGUACACGAGUCAGUCUUUCCCAUUGAAUUCCACAUCUGCACGAAAAUAGCUUUUCCAGCAGAAUUCAUACUGGCCAGAAGUGAUAGCCACGUUGAUGGCUGAAAUGCUUUUAUGUAGUUUUCAUUUAAACCUAAAGGUAUUUGAUGGUUUAAUUCACUAUCCAGUUUUCAUAGAUUAUAAGCAUUCACUUAUAUGUCCUUAAUGGGUUCAUCAACUCAUAGUGAAAGACCAGCUUUAAGAGUGUUCUUUGCAAAAGAGCUUCAAGCAGGUUUUAUGGAGGAGUAAAAGCAGUCAUCAAACAAAACCUUCACCAUCCUUAAAAAAGAAAAAUCAGUCUGAGGGCCCAGGCAAACUGACUUUGAGGUUUUUGUAUAUAAAGCAAAGUGUCUCACUGUUUCUGGAAAGCUACAGAUAGGGAAGUCUGAAAUCUUCUUGUGUGUAUCCCACCUCAGCCCCAGCUCAGAGGCUCUCUUGAUCCACCCAGAUGCUGAGUUCCCUGACCUUGUCCUUGGGACACUAGCAUUCCAUCUGAAAGGGAUUGUUAUGGUCUACUUGUAAGACAGCCCCGGGCAGAUAUGAACCUCUUCCUGUGUUCCUACUAAUUCUGUUACCUUCCUUGUGGAGCUGCAGGCCAUUAGUGUGUGUGUGUGUGUGUGUGUGUGUCUUUGAACGUGCCUUUGUGUGCAUCCCCCACCCUCUGUCCCAACAAAGAAGAGUAGGGAGAGUGGCAGAAGGACUCAGGUUUUGUUACUAAAAUUGACUUGGGCACACCCCAAUCCAUAUUUGAGUCCUCUGAUCACCUGAUUUCUUUUUUUCCUAUUUGAUGGGGGUAGUAGUUCUAGCAGAGAACACGUGCGCACACACUGAUGUGACAGGCAUUCCAGUUCCUAAAAGAGGAGAUACCCAAGAUUUUGUCAUAUUCUUUAGUAGAUGUUCGUGAGAAUAAAAGAGAAAUGAGGAUGACGUUAGCCACCCCUGGAUGAAAGAGCUACAGCCCCUGGGUGAUGGGUGGAUGGCCACAACCAUACCAUGUACUGUAGGCCCCAGUAAGUAAGGCACGGGCAUUUAUACUCACCUGGGCCUGUAACCAGGAAGACCACAGCCCAUCCUUAGGCUCGGAUGAUUCCCAGGAGGUCCAGGUACUCCAAACAUCAGGUGGCAGGUACUCCAAACAUCAGGUGGACAAGCUAUGUAGUGCUUUUAUUCUCUGACAAGGACUUACUUCAUAAGUUCCAGAUCAAAUACGGUAAGUACUGCUAGGUUACAGAACACAAUGGACUCUAACAUAUUAAAUGCCCCAGUUAUUGAAUUGCCUUUUCAUAAGAGUACUCUGGAGCACAAUCAGGAGCAGGCAGUGCCUCAUCCUUUUAACAGAUAUGUUUCCUAGCCCUAUUAAAAGGGGUCUUCAUCUAUCCUGUCAAAGGGAGUCUGCUGGGGUUUUUUAGUUUAAUUACACUAUCCAAUUAAAACUCCUUGCUGCAUUUGGAUGCGCCUCUCCUUGGGCCUGAGUGGAUAUGACAUUUACAAGGCUCGCCUUUCAAGCAGACAAUAGUGUGAUUGAUGAGGUGCACGUUCAGUGGAGGAGGCGAGUGCCUGUGGAAGUGCUGCUUAGUGCAUUUUGAUUUAUUUAUCAUCUCCUUCCAAAACAAGGGAGCUGCCGGGGAGAUGGGUUUGGGCAACCAGGGGGGACCACCUCAAUUUUUCCAAGUGUGUGGGAGGGAAAGACCUGGAGUGUGCCACAGAAUAAAGGUGGGGGAAAACUCUAAGCUUGGGGCCAGCAUGCAUCAUCUACUGCCAGGCUGUAUUCUUAGGUUCUCUGACCCAGUUUGGUUUCCAGUAACCUCAAGCUGUGAUCUGCUGUUAAAUAGGCCAUCACUGUAUUUCAGGGAACAGUUCUCUGGGGCUGGAUAACAUUGGCCAGGCCCCUGAGAACUCAGCCGGUGGGAACCAACCCAGCACGUGUGCCGCUGACCUGGUCAUUAUUAACUGACACCUGAUGUUUGCACUAGGCAUGCCUAUUUAUGCCCCCGGCUACGUCCUUUAGAAAUCCAGCAGCUUCUGUCCAGGAGCUAAAGUCAGUGCUCAGUGACUCUCUAACUGCCUAGGCACCUGAAGCAUUUAAAAGUUGCUUCUAGAAUUUGGAAUUAGCCAAAAGCAAGUGUGGCUGUUCAACAAAGAGAUAUGGAGGUACAGUGGAGAACUUCUCAAGAUUGUAGUGAAAAGGCAAACCCAACACCUUGUUCUUAACCUACUAUUGCUGUUUGCCCUCAGCAUAUGAUAGAUGGGACCAAUGUGCUUGUCUCUGUAGUUCGAGGAAAAGAGGUGUUUCAGUACAGUGUGUGGUCUUGGGAAGGUCAACACUCUGAAUUUAGGAGGCAGGAGAUUCUACUCUGAGCCCCAGACAGAUAAGAACAACACAUCGGCCAUAUUCAUUAUCACAUACUACAGUUGCUCAUAGGAGUUGUUGGGGGGCAUGUUUGCUAACUACAUAACAUGUAAGAAUGUCUGUGUUCCUGAGGAAAAUUGUCUGGUGCUGAGAUUCUCAGUGGGUUUUCAUUAUCUUCUCUGUAGACCUUCUUCGUUUUUCCCUAGGACUUACUAAUGAACAAAGAAUAUGUUUAUGUCAGUUGGAAUGUUGAUAUUUGUUAGAGUAGAAAACAUUUUGGGGUAUCAACUUUUUUU